CGGAAUCAUCAGCAGAUUGUACGCUGUUUGUGAGAAACAAUGGGUCAAACGAUGGGUCGUAUGCCAAACACGUGGAACGGUUUACUAGAAGAGAAGGAUCGCGUGUUAUAUUGGAGCGGCGAAGUACUGGCCAGAGUGGCCGACAAUGUUAGCCAGGAAGAAUCAUUUCAGAUUGAUUACGGAAAUGAUUUUAUCGAACGGAAAAUUGAUUCUUGGGUGGAGGCCAGUGAAUGGAGGAUCGACAAAAUUUUCAGUAGACGCAGGAACGUGACCGAAGAACAUAGAGCUUAUGUAACGAGAGAAAUAGAGCAAAUAAAAGAAGAACUGAGGAUGAAGAUGAAGAAGGAUUACCGAGAAGGUUAUAGGGAGAUAAGGAAGCUCUCGAAAAAGGUGGACGAUUUGGGGAGCCAGCAGCGAAGGAUACACGCUAAAAUUCAUGAACUUGAGGAUACCUGCGCUGGGAACGUGGGGAAAUUCCAAAGGAAGUUCGGCCCUUUACGACUGAAAACGUUCAGGAACCUCGUAAUAAGCGAAAAGUUCAUGUUCAAAGAUAGAAGGCUAAAAGCGAAGUUCAUCAAACAGAUGUAUGACAUCGAUCACAAAAACAUGAAGAUAUUUGUAAAGAGAAUUGAUAUGUUGACGAAAAUGUAAGAAGUAUAAGGUACAAUUAAAAAGUUUAAUGGUACCGAUGAAAAUGCGACUUAAUCCAGAUAACAUGGACAAAAUGGAUGAAUCCUUUUUGGUUAAUAGAAAAUAUCAUACUAAAAUAUUAUGUAAGAUAAAGCGAUGAUUGUAAAAGAAAAGAUUACAGUUUUCUUUAAAUACUACUUAGGUUAGUAACGUGACUAUAGCAAAAAGUGGACACGAUUUUUUGAUCGUCUCAAUGACAUUUUUUAUUUUCUUUCCGAUCACUCGCUUAAUACUAUACGUAAUUAUUAAAAAAACAAAUGUCUCUCGACAUUAUAGUAUUUGUAUACUAGAAUAUUUCAUUAUUGUAUUAAGUAAAUGCGUUAGAAAAAACUUUUUUAAUGAAA